AAGACUAUUCCUUUGUGAUAUGAGAUCACAGGUCUGACUCAUCCAAGGGAAAUAUAAAAGGAAGAUUAAAUCUUGUUCAAAUUUCUGAAAUUCGAGUAAUAUAAUUGCAGGACUAAAUGUUGACAGAAAUUAUCAUCUUGAAUAGGAAUAAAUCUAAUAUAAUUGCCAAUUAGUGUACAAUCUGUGGAGCAAAUAAAAAGUUCAUAAUAGAGUCAACACAUUUAUUGACCAGAGUUAUAUCUUCAGAGAUAUGCACCAUCUGCUGGCAGGGCAAAAAAUGCUCAUAAAACUCUAGGACCUGACUCAGGGCUGCCAUUUGCUGUCAUCUUCUCAGUAAUUUACUGCAGGGUUUUUCCUGACCUGCCAAAAUAUUUCACAGUUAACUGUGUUUUAUAUUUUAUAACUGAGAGUUCCUAUAAAUAGAGAGAGGGUUAUGUGGAAUGGCAGUAGAUAGUUAUCAGAGGAGAAGAGGAAGAAAAGAUCGCACACCAAUUGCAAGUAAGAGUCCGUCAUUCAACCCAGGUUCUCGUCCUCUGCCUCCACCACCAGGGGGCAGUCAAAGCAUGGAUGAAGAGAACAUUGAAGCAGAGUCAUGGUAUCAUGGGGACAUCUCUAGAGACGUGUCAGACCAGCGCCUUAAAUCUCUAGGAACUAAUGGAUCUUUUCUGGUGCGCCUCAGCAAGAAAGGUGGACCUACUAGUCCAUAUUCUUUAUCUCUGUUCCAUGAAGGAAGGGUUUGGAAUCUUCACAUCAGAAAGAAGGCUGAUGCAUCUUUUGCAUUAGGCAAUGAAAAACCUAAUGAAUUGAGCUUUCCGUCAGUCUCAGAACUAAUCAGUUAUCACCAGACUAAUCCCCUGGUUUUAGCAGGUGCUCAGAGUGGUCAGACACAGCUCAGGAACACUCCAGACAAGUCAUAGCAUUAGCUACAAUGACUGGACUGACACUUUGUCUGAACUUGUAUAGAUUGACUCAGAAAAAAUAUCAUGUAUGGAACAGGCUCAAAAAUUGUUUUUUUUUUUUUUUUAAUAUCAUAAUAUCAGGAUAAAAAUAUGGAGCCAUGACUUAAUUUUAUAAUUGAAUUGAUAAUUGCUUUGUCCCUGUAUGUUUGAUAUUUAAAUAUGAUAUCAUGGCAUUUUCUAUGCACAAAAUAAAAGACAGGUAUGUAUAUAAAUAGAUUUACAAGAUAUGAAUAUAUGACAUGUUGAGCUAAUAUAUUUCCAACACACCAAGUUCUUGUUAAAUCACAUGAAAAUAAUGCAGUUAGCCAACACUUUGAUGGACUGUUUGUUUUACAGUUUUAAAGCAUUUUUUAAUUAAAUCCCAUAUGAAAAUGUUACAUCAGCAUCUCAGAAUGCAGUAGGCUACCAUUCUUUGAUAAAUAACAAAUCACUGAAAUAAAUUAGAAGGGAUUUAUACCAAGUGUAAAAAAAAUCUGUGAAAAAUUAUUCAUUUGCAUAAUUUUAUUUAUUUGUUUUUAUCUGCUUGAUGUCCAUGUUAUUUUUAAACUAAUACAAAGUGUAAUAUUUUAGCAUAGCCUUUGGAUUAAAUAAAUGCUUGAAAAAGAACAUAUUCCUAACAGUAAUCAGCCCAUAAAUAAUUGUACCUGUAUGUAUAUUUGAGCAUUUCAUAAUUAGUUUAGUUUAACUGUAUAUAACAAGCAAGGAGAGUAAUUGAUCAAACUGGACCUGCAUUAAAACUGGUUUAUUGUGAAGUAGUAGGUAGGGACACUAGUGCAUAUAUUGUCUGAGUAUAUGGACAAAAUGUGAAAAACUUAUGUACCCACAUUUAUACACACGUGUCUAUACUCGUCCUAACAUAUGUAUAUUAUCAUUGAUUAUAAACCAUUUGACUAAUCCUUAGUCAAUUUAUUUUUAAACAAUUGUCAUACUUUCUAUAAUUGCAAAGCAAUUGAAUUUCUAUUGAAGUAAAAAUCAUGGCUUUGUUGAAGAUGGUCACAGUCUACUUGUUAAUCUUGCUAAUGUAUUAUCUAACUUAAAAUGCAAAUGUUAAGGUUGUGGCAUUUUCAGGUGAGACAUUCUUAUCAAAAAUGGAUUCAAAAUAACCACUCUAUGAUGUUAAUAGUUUUACUUUGGCAAAUUAUUGAAUCAAAACUAGACACUGUUAAGUUGAACUGUUUUAAAAUUUCAGCAUAAAGCUAAGGUAUUGGCCCAUAUUAAUGUAACAUAGAAAAAAUAGAUAUUGAAUGUAUCCUGGGGCAUUUUCCUUAAUGCCCCUUGUCAACUAAUUUAUGGUUCAAUAAUGCUGACCUGGAAUAACAAUAUCCAUCAAGACUUUUUGUCCUGAUAUUAACAAAUAAUAAAAUGCAAAUGUUCUAAGCAUUCACACGUUUCACUCUAUAAUUCUUAGCAAUUAUGCAUUUAUUUUGAUAGAGAAACAAUUGACUCCUGUGCCUUUAGAUCCAAUUUGCCAUUUUUUUGUUUGUUCUUUGAUGUAAUUGUGAGUGUAUACUAUUUGUUUCAGUCUCUUUUCCUUAUAUAUAAUGGGCAGUUGUUUUCAUAUUAUCAGUAUUAUUUUAACAGGUUUAUUUGCCUGUCUUGUUUCUCAUAUGUAGAAGAAAUACAAUCUUUUGUAUAUUCUUCCAAGUUCAUCUUUCACACUUGUAUAUCAGUAUGUAUAUAUAUUUCAGUUUUACCAAGGUGAAAGUGCUUUACAAUAUAAUGUUAUCAAGUUAGAAUUUAUCCAUUAUAAAUCCAGCUUUACUGACAAUUAUUUACAUCCAAAUAAAUCUUCAUAUUGCAUUGGAGGUUGGAGAUUGCAACCACUUUAAUGUAGCAUUAUAGGUUUACUUGUUACAUUGAAUAUCAUGAUCUAUAAAUCCAUUUAGGAUGCCACCAAUUAUUCAGCAAGCAUCUCUCAGCACCAGUGUGGGUAAUAUUAUCAUCACAAGAGCACAUUUAUGUGAAUAUGAACAUUUUUUGUUUUAAAAGGCAGAAGCUAGCUUGCCAAUUUUUUUCCUGCGUGCUCUUUUAAACUAGUUUUGCAAUAUGGUGUUAGAGCAUUUUAUGUAGAACAAAUCUGAGGUUGCUGAGCAACUUUGUAUUGACACCAUGCCUGUGAUGAUUUAAAGCAACAUCAUAAUUCCAAGUAUUCUGUAAUUAAAUUUAGUAGUAGUCUUAAUACAAGUCACAUUUUAAUAGAUACUUGAGAUAGUAAUAGUAGUAACAGUCUAAAAGGUGUUUGAGUUGAUGAUCAUCAAAUACCGGUUAUUUUUAGAUCACACCGCUGGUGUUUACUUAUUAUUUUUGCAUUUUUUGUGAUCAAUUCAUGGAAUCUAGGUUAUAGCUUCCAACAUCAGUUCCUAUAUAUAUGUACAUCAGAUUAGUUGAUGAAACCCAAAAUGUUUACAAGAAUUUCAAUGCAUUAUAUGUACAACAUA